GUUAGCACGUCCGCUCAUUUCCGCCUCAUCAGAAUAAUGUUGGUUAUCUACCCCGUGAAAGUAAUUGAUGGUUAGAUUCUCCAAAGAUAGUGUUCACCCAGUUUGCUGCUGCAGUCCAACCAUAGCCCGAAUGAAUGUACCGAAUGUCUGUACAGGAAGCACGUGUACAGAACCUCCCGGCAGUGCAUUGUUGCUGGCAAACAGGGGGUGCCAACAAGAACAGCCUGCCGGUGACUGGCGAUCGCCCUGGUUGGCUCCUGGUGGCAGGUCAGUGUGCUGGGAAAGCUCCUACCCAGCUUCCUGUUGUUGGUCACACCUGGGAGUCGCUAACUCAGCCUGUAAGAAGAAGCCCUGUCCGUGACACCCUUGGGAAGUUAGUGUCACUUGCACGUGGCGGCAUAUGCCAAGAUAGUUAUUCUGGCUUCUCUAUCUGGUGUCAUUUUCCUUUUAGAGUGACAAGGAAAGCGGGAACAAAGCUGGAAAGUUAUUGUACUGUGUUCUUUUUUGUGAUUAUAAAUCGUAAGUGUCUCGAGGUUAUUCCCAAGUGCCUUCACGAUGCCGAAGUUAUCGCAGCUGCCCAAGGCGGCUCGCACGUCCUACAGGAAGCUGGCCAACUUCUUCAAGAUGGGCGUGCAGGACGGAGCCGGGGUGGUGACCCAGGGGCCUCAGAGCCAGCAGAUGUACACUUCUGACCAUAUGUCUCCUAUGACCAACUCGGUCAAUGGGACUAUGGGAUCUGAGCCGAAG